AUUAUUAUUAUACAAACUAUUUUAAUAUUAUUUAUUAAUUGAAUUUCUGAAAUUUAGUAAGCAAUAAAAAUUAACUUAAUAAUAAUAUUACCCUGGUUUAAUUAUAAAUAUUGUUUUUAAUAUAGUAUAGUUUAUGAACUUGCUAGAGAAAUGAAUUCUUCUAAAGUGUUGAGAUGUAGCAUUCAGUUAACUAGACUGCAUAAAAUCAAUAAUAUUCCUGUUGGCCGUAGAUUUUCCACGGGUUCUCAACUAUUACGGAAAUAUUCAAAGGUUGCUGGGAUCACAGGAGCAGGCAUUAUAAGUAUCAUAGCAUAUGGGUUUACAUCUGACUUCAAAGUGUAUGCCUAUUCAAAGAAAGAUAGAGCAAAUGACGAAUAUCUAAGCGGUCUACACUUGACAUCACGCGAGAAACGUUUCAUUAAGUUCGCUUCAGUUGAAUACCAUGGACAACUUUAUAUGACUCCGCAAGACUUUUUGGAAUCAUUCGUUGACGAGCAACCUAGAGCUCGGCUUCAGAGACACUUUAUGACUGAUAAAGAUUUGGAUGAAAUUCGAGAUAAAGUACCUGGGCUAAAAAAGGGAUCUUCACAACUUUUUCGAACACUCAGAGACAAAGGAAUCAUAUCGUAUACAGAAUAUUUGUUCUUACUAUCCGUGUUAACCAAACCACAGAGUGGAUUUCGUAUAGCAUUUAAUAUGUUUGAUACGGAUGGUAACCAUAGGGUAGACAAAAAUGAAUUUCUGGUGAUAACACGGCUCCUAGCUGGAAAACCAGCCUUCAGAAUAGAUCUUAAUAAACAUGCUAAAGAAAUUUUGUCCCAAUUAUCUACGAAACAAGUCGCUGUCGUUCAACGGGUGCCGGACGAAGAUUCAAACAUCAUUAACCGCGCUGCUGAUGAUUUGAUGGAAAAAAUCUUUAGCCAGUCUUGGAAGGACAAACACGGCGUGGAAGACGGCAAGCCCGACACGGACAAAAUAGGCGCCGACGAUUUUGUUGAUGACGCUCAGGGUCUACAAAAAAAACAUUUGGUCGACACCACGUUGAUCGUUCAUUUUUUCGGCAAAAAGGGAGACAACGUGCUACUGUACGAAGACUUCAGAAAUUUUAUGGAAAAUCUACAAACUGAAGUACUUGAAAUGGAGUUCCAACAGUUUGCCAAAGGAGGAGAUACCAUAAGUGAAAUGGAUUUUGCCAAAAUAUUAUUGAGAUAUACUCACUUGGAUACUGAUCUGUGCGAUACAUAUCUGGACCGAUUGUUGGAGAGAAUCAAAAUGGACAAAGGCAUACCACCAGGCAUUUCGUUUGAUGAGUUUAAAGUGUUUUGUCAAUUCUUAAAUAAUUUGGAGGACUUUACUAUUGCUAUGAGAAUGUAUACACUGGCCGAUCACCCAAUAUCUAAAGAUGAAUUUCAUAGAGCUGUUAAGAUAUGUACAGGGACCAGUUUGAGCAAGCACCUUGUGCAUACUGUGUUUGCCAUCUUUGACGAGGACGGUGAUGGUCAAUUGAGUUAUAGAGAGUUUAUUGCUAUUAUGAAGGACCGGCUAAAUAGAGGAUUCAAGUCAUACACAAAAAAUGAAGGAUGGGAUGCAUUCAAAAUCUGUUUGAAACAUGAAAUUAAAACUCCUAAUUAAUAAUUAACUCUAGUUUAAAUUAAGUUUUAUUUUAUUAAAUGUUUGUCUCUUUGUAAUAACUUGAGUAACUUGUUUGUUUUUCAAUACAUAAAUAUUUAUAAUAGAUACUUAAAUUAAAUUAAAUUUUUUCAUAGAUAUAACUAAUGAAAAAAGAAAUUUCAAAAGAAAUAUAACACAAAUAAAUUUUAUUAAGAACACUUAACAAAAUCAAAUUCCAUAUGUAUAUAAAAAUACAGAUUAUUGUAAACUGCAUAGGAAAAUUAAUUACACAUGCUUGAUUUUUAUAAGUACAGUAUUAAUUAUUAAUAGGAUACAGUUUAUACACGCAAUUAUAUGUUUGUCAUUUUAAUAAUUGUUUAUAUAAUUCAAUGUUUUUGUUAUAGUUAUAAGCAUUUGUAUUAAAAAUAUAUAAAUAUGUCUAACUCUUAAAUCGACAUACCCAAUAAUCAUAUUUAUUUGAGAAGACCAUUGGUCAGCUGAAUACUUGAUUAAAUGGCUUAACAGCCAGGAAGAAUACUGCAACACACAUUUGAAAGUAUAUUGAAUACAACAUUGAUAUCAAAACAACAUUUAAUAUAAAUAUUAUAAAAAAUGUA